CCCCGUUCCGGAAGGGGUAAGACAUUCUCGCGACAGUUGUGUCUCCUCCUCCUCCUCCUCCUCCCGGAAGUCCGAAUACGAGGCUGAUCCUUGGUCGGCUGGCUGGAAAGGAAAGAAACUAAGUCAAAGAAGGGAGAGCGCGAGGGACCGAGAGUGGUCGGCCAGUGCCCAUGUGAGCAUCUCAUUCUUAGGAGCCACACAUGAACCCGGAUAUGGAAUACAUGAAAGAGCCUGCAACGCUCAGCCAGGGGAACAUCCUAUGCUGCCAGUGUGGCAUUGCAAUCCCACCAAACCCAGCCAACAUGUGCGUAGCAUGUUUGCGGACUCAAGUGGACAUUACAGAAGGAAUUCCUAAGCAAGUCAUUGUUCAUUUCUGCAAACAAUGUGGAAGGUAUCUUCAACCACCAGGAUCUUGGAUCCAAUGUGCCUUGGAAUCAAGAGAACUUCUGACGUUAUGCCUUAAAAAAAUCAAAGCUUCCCUUAGUAAGGUACGGUUGAUCGAAGCAGGAUUUGUAUGGACUGAACCACACUCCAAAAGACUUAAAAUAAAGCUGACUGUACAAAAGGAGGUGAUGAAUGGUGCGAUUCUUCAACAAAUCUUUAUAGUAGAAUAUGUGGUUCAGUCUCAAAUGUGCGAUGAUUGCCAUCGAGUUGAAGCUAAGGACUUCUGGAAAGCAGUGGUACAAAUUAGACAGAAGACUCUUCAUAAAAAAACUUUCUACUACUUGGAACAAUUAAUUUUAAAACAUAGGCUUCAUCAGAACACUCUUCGGAUAAAAGAAAUUCAUGAUGGCCUUGAUUUCUACUAUGCUUCGAAACAGCAUGCUCAAAAGAUGGUAGACUUUCUUCAGUGCACAGUUCCUUGUAGGUCUAAGUCAUCCCAGCGUUUGAUCUCUCACGACAUUCAUAGCAAUACUUACAAUUACAAAAGCACUUUCUCUGUGGAGAUUGUUCCAGUAUGCAAGGACAAUGUUGUAUGCUUGUCUCCAAAGCUGGCUCAGAGCCUUGGGAACAUGAGCCAGAUCUGUGUUUGCCUCCGGAUAACUAGUGCCAUUCACAUCAUUGAUCCUAAUACAUUACAGAUUGCUGAAGUUGAUGGAAACCCUUAUUGGCGUCAUCCUUUUAACAGCUUGUUCCACCCGAAGCAGUUGGAGGAGUUCAUUGUAAUGGACAUCAGCAAAAUUCAUGAGAGAAAACAAGGGGCUGGUGCCGGCAUGAAAUCCAACAAACAUACACUUGCUGAAGCCUGGGUGAAGAAAACAUCAGAGUUGGAUACAGAUCAUCAGUAUUUCUGUCGCACUCACUUGGGGCAUCUUCUGAAUCCUGGAGAUCUUGCACUGGGGUUUGAUUUGGUGAACUGCAAUCUAAAUGAUGAAUUUGCAAAUAAGAUGAAUCCCCAUAGUAUUCCUGAUGUGGUUUUGAUCAAGAAGAGCUAUGAUCGCGCAAAACGUCAACGUCGCAGGAACUGGAAACUGAAAGAAUUGGAAAGAGACAGAGAGGGCAUGGACACAGAUGAUGAAAGACAAUACCAGGACUUCCUAGAAGAUCUUGAAGAAGAUGAGACAAUUAGAAAAAAUGUCAAUAUUUAUAAAAAUACAAUCAUUCCGGUAGAAAGUGACACGGACGAUGAGGGUAUUCCCCGGAUCAGUCUUGCUGAAAUGUUGGACGAUCUCCAGAUAUCUGAAGAUGCUACUGGUGGAGAAGGUGCUGAUAUGUUGACAGAAUAAGCUAAUAGAUCUUGUUAAUGUGAACAGUUUUCUCCCUUAAGGAAAAAUAGUUUUUACAGGAAUGUGUUAUAGGCAUUCAUAGACAUAACAUGCAAAGUUUUGCAAAUAAUCUCCUGAACAAGUUUGGGAAAAAGGUUCAACAAUAAAUCAUGCUGGAAAGUUUAAAUGGCUAUUAAACCUCUUGAGAAACAUGCCAAACCUG